AUGGUGGUCUAUCCCAAGAAAUAUGGCGUGGUGCUGUAUCACGGAUUCCAGCUUACCGAUGUCUGUGGACCUGUUGACGUCCUCAACGUCCUCACGACGCAUGUCAACGGUAUUAGUCUCUCGUUCAUUGCCGAGGACAAAUCUCCAGUAUCGACCUUCCCUAGGGAGUGGCCUGCGAAGAUGGGCAUGCCGCCUUUCUGUACAUCGCAAACACUGCAGCCAACGCACGACUUUGGAGACGCCCCUCAGAUGGAUGUUCUCAUUAUUCCAGGAGGCAUGGGCGUAUUCGAUCCCAAUCCAGACAAUGUUGGGCAGCCCGAUGCAAAGGUGGUGGACCCCAUCGCCAAAUUCAUCCUGUCUCAAUAUCCCAAGCUGAAAUAUCUGAUCACAGUCUGCACUGGGUCGGGAAUCGCGGCUCAGACCGGUCUCCUUGACGGGAAGAAGGCCACCACGUUCAAGGGAGCGUGGAAAGUGAUACCUCUGUGGCGGCCAACAGUCCAAUGGGUUUCGAAGGCAAGAUGGGUGGUUGAUGGGAAUAUCUGGACAUCUUCUGGGGUCUGUUCGGGCACUGACCUGAUGUUUGGGUUUGUGAAAGACAUCUAUGGAGAAAAGAUUGCGAGCAACAUUUCAACAUGGAUGGAGUACACCAGGCAUGAAGACCCAAGCUUGGACCCAUUUGGGAUUGACGAAAAGACCAUGAACUAG